AUGUCGUCCCCCAUCGAGGAACGAAAAGCUCAUACCGAAUCAAAGGACAAGCGCAAAGAGUCGGACAUUUCUCCCACCUCCGACGACGGAACCUGCGUGACCGAGCCCGACACGGAUCGCAACGCGGAUCUCUUAAAGGUUGACACUACACAUCAUGUCGACGAUGAUGAGCAUCCGCCCCUGCGCACGCCGUCCGCCCGUAGGGAGCAGGCUACUCGCCUGGAGGAUGACCUAAUGCUCCUCGAAGCCGAGCGUAUGACCUCGCACUCGACCGGUGUUCAUGAGGACGAGCAUGAUCAUAGCUCCAUCAGUCGUUCCCGUUCGCGUCGCUCGGAAACGGUAGAUGAGUUCGAUGAAGCGACAAACCCUCUGCAUGAAAAGACCGCGAUUUACAAACCACCGGAGAAACCAAACACACAGAUUGCAGUCUUUGUGAAGAAGUUGCACCAGUCGAGUUUCCUCGUGCGCUACUUGACCUACAUUUCCCCUGUCGUCAUCCUCCUCUUGAUCCCGUUGCUGGUCGGCGCUCUCAAGUACCCCAAUGCGAGCGUGGGUGGUGUCAAAUUGAUGUGGUUUUCGAUUUGGUUGGAAAUUGUCUGGUUGACUCUUUGGGCAGGACGGCUUGUCAGCAAAUGCUUCCCUCCCGUCGUGGGUCUUUUUGCGAGUAUAUUUACCAACAACGCGAAAAAAUGGCGCGAUAUGGCUAAACAGAUCGAGCUUCACGCGGCGCUCUUUUUCUGGUGGCUCGGCGUGGAGAUCUCCUUCCUGCCCACGAUGAAAAACCACCAUGUGGAUGGCAACAAGGGGACGAGGGGUUGGGAAGUCACUCUCAACAAAAUUAUCAUUGCCAUCUUCGUGUGGACGAUCUUGAAUUUUAUUGAAAAGAUUCUUAUCCAGCUAAUUGCCAUUAGCUUUCAUAUGCGCACCUAUGCGGACCGCAUUGAAAUCAACAAAUUCCAGAUCGGCAGUUUGACCAAGCUGUAUGAGUGGUCUCGGACCACUCUCAGUGAGAAAGACGAUGCAUUUGAGGAGAAGAAAGAGGUACCGACCCCUUCGGGAGUCAAAACCCCGUUACACUACGCUGGCAUAGCCCAGCGGAAGGCUAAGGGUGCCCUGAGCAAAGUUGGAAACCGGGUCGGCGAUGUCGCAGGUGCCGUAGUGGCUGAUGUCACAGGCCGCGCGGCUACUCGCAGCACGGAUGCCUAUCAGGUCAUCUUGGCGCUCUUGCGAACGACCGGAGGUUGUCAGGUUUUGGCGCGUCGUCUAUAUCGCACCUUUGUGAGGGACGGCUUCGAGACAGUUUUUGGUGGUGAUCUGAAAGCCGCAUUUGACGACGGCGAGGAAGCCGAAGCUGCCUUUGCCAUGUUUGAUCGUGACAUGAACGGUGAUAUUUCAAUGGAGGAGCUGGAGGCUGUCUGCGUUGACAUUGGCCGUGAGCGCAAGUCCAUUACUGCAUCCUUGAAGGAUUUGGAUUCAGUCGUCUCUAAACUGGAUGAUGUGUUCAUGUUCUUCGUAAUUGUGGUAGUGCUGAUUGUGUUCUUGUCGCUCAUCUCGACCUCAGCCGCCGGCGUGCUCACCUCCGCGGGCUCUGCGAUUCUGGCACUGUCUUGGUUGUUCUCUGCAACCGCCCAGGAGUUCCUUCAAUCGGUUAUCUUCGUCUUUGUCAAGCAUCCCUUCGACGUGGGUGACCGUGUGACCAUUUACGGCAACGCUGGUGAUGCCGGGCUUGGCGAUGAUUACUUUGUGAAGGAAAUUACUCUUCUCUACACCGAAUUCAAGAAGAUGCAAGGCCACGUUGUGCAGGCGCCGAACAGCUACCUCAAUGGCCUUUUCAUCCUAAAUCAGCGCCGUUCGGGUGCACUUGCCGAGGCAGUUCCAAUCAUUAUCAAGUACGGCACCAGCAUUGAUCAACUCGAUUCUCUGCGACAGCGCCUCUUGGAGUUUGUACGCAGUGAGAAACGCGACUUCCAGAGCAACAUCCUCACCGAAAUGCGCGCCGUCACCGAGAAUUUCUCGCUCACACUCAACGUUGUCUUCUUUUACAAGUCCAACUGGCAGAACGAGGGUCUACGUCUACAGCGACGCAAUAAGUUCAUCUGCAUGCUCAUGGUCGCCCUCCAGGAGAUCGGCAUUGAGGGCCCACGUAUGAACCUCCAGGGAGCCAAGUUCGACAUCCCCUUCCACGUAAGCUAUGGCAAUACACGCUCUGCCGAGCGGCAAACUCCCAUCGACCCCGAGGAAGUCCCGAUCUCAGAAGAUUCCCACGAUCUGCCAGAAAAUACCGGAACCGGCAGCGGCAGCGCUAUCCGUCACCCAUCCAUUCUCCGCAAGGGUAUGUACGCUGCCAACGCCCGUGCCCGCGGCCCGUCUAUCUCACCGCGUAAGCACGUCGACUUCUCCUUGGGCAUGUCUAACAUGGCAUCCAACGAUAUCAUGGGAGACGUGUUUGAGGAUCGGGGUGUGGUCGUCGAUGACAUCGUCCGUACCGCCAACCGCGAUGCUGCAGAGCGCCGCAUUCAGGAAGAGAACGAGGACGACGAGGAGCGCCGGAGUCGGACAUCCUCUUCCCGGCAUCGUCGUUCCUCUAACAUGAGUGCUCCCUCCAGUAAUGAUGACGGCCACCGGUCGACUGAUGCUCACAGCUUCCGUAGUGGACAUUCAUCGCUCAGCCGCAACCGGUUCUUUCAACACCGCAGCAGUGUGAGUCACGACCGUGACGACUUGAUGGAGCAGGGCCGCUUUGACAAGCCUACUCUACCCCCGCCAGCCACUGCCAAGGAGCACCCCAAUUGA